GAGCCCUGUAAAUCAUAUUGAUGUCAUGGUGGGAAAGAAAAAAUAAAUUGGAAAAAAGAAAAAUAAUUAAAUUUGAUUGAGCCAAUACAAGCCAAUUUGAGACGAGUAUAUCAACGCCAGAGCAAAAGGAAAAAAAAAGAAAAAAAGGGAGAGGUUUUGAUCUUUAGCUUUGUUAAAAUCGCCGCAGAUGGCGGAGAAGCAGCUGAUCGUGGCCGUUGAAGGCUCCGCGGCAAUGGGUCCUUUUUGGCAAACUGUACUUUCUGAUUACCUUGAAAAGAUCAUCAGGUCUUUUUGCAGUGGUGACUUGACAGGGCAGAAGCCCCUGACUUCUAAUGUUGAGCUCUCGCUGGUCACAUUUUAUGCACAUGGAUCAUACUCUGCUUGCCUUGUGCAAAGAAGUGGCUGGACGAGAGAUGUUGACAUCUUUUUACAAUGGUUGGCAGCCAUUCCCUUUGCUGGGGGUGGCUUCAGUGAUGCUGCUAUUGCAGAAGGGCUUUCUGAAGCUUUAAUGAUGAUGUUUCCUUUUGUUCCAAAUGGAAGCCAAGCUCAACAGAAUAUAGAUGGGCAAAGGCAUUGUAUUCUUAUUGCUGCAAGUAACCCUCACCCCUUACCCACACCUGUCUAUCGACAGCAAAUACAAAACUUGGAGCAGAACGAAAAUAUUGAUCCACAAACAGAAAGUCGUCUAUCUGAUGCAGAGACGAUUGCUAAAUCAUUUCCUCAGUGCUCUGUUUCCCUAUCUGUUAUUUGUCCAAAACAGCUCCCGAAACUUAGAGCAAUCUAUAACGCGGGAAAGCGCAACAGCAGAGCAGCUGAUCCAACAGUUGACAAUGUUAAGAAUCCUCAUUUUCUUGUUCUAAUCUCUGAAAACUUCAUGGAGGCUCGUGCUGCUUUAAGUCGUCCUGGAGUUGCAAAUCUGCCUUCUAACCAGAGUCCUGUAAAAAUGGAUGUUGCUUCAGUUACUUCUGUUGCAGGGCCAACUCCACCUUCAAUACCAUCAGUUAAUGGAUCGAUUAUGAGCCGGCCAUCGAUUGGAAAUGUCCCCACCGCAACUGUAAAAGUUGAGCCAACCACCGUAACUUCCAUGGCACCUGGACCUGCUUUUCCACAUAUUCCAUCUACUCGUCCUGCCUCUCAAUCAGUUCCAAGCUUGCAGACUUCUUCACCACCUACAUCUACACAAGAGAUAAUUACAAGUAGUGAAAAUGUAUCAGAAAUUAAGCCUACUGUCAGUGGGAUGCCACAUUCUGUACGCCCUGUACCUCCUGGUGCUGCAAAUGUUAGCAUACUAAAUAAUCUCUCCCAAGCACGCCAGGUGAUGAACUCUGCUGCCCUAACUGGGGGAACUUCUAUUGGUCUUCCAUCAAUAAAUCAAACUCCAGUGGCCAUGCAUAUGUCAAAUAUGAUAUCCAGUGGAAUGGCAUCUUCUGUGCCUGCUGCUCAAACUGUAUUUUCAUCAGGGCAAACCGGUAUUACUUCUAUAACGGGAUCAGGAACUCUUACAGGAACAACACAAAUUGCACCAAACUCUGGGCUUGGUUCCUUCACUUCCACAACUACUAAUGUAUCUGGAAAUUCAAAUCUUGGGAUGUCACAACCAAUGGGUAACCUUCAAGCAGGUGUUAGCAUGGGCCAAUCAGUACCUGGCAUGAGCCAGGGAAACCUUUCAGGAGCACAAAUGGUGCAAAGUGGUAUUGGCAUGAGUCAGAACAUGAUGAGUGGUCUUGGUCCAUCAGUUGUCUCAUCUGGAGCAAGCACUAUGAUUCCAACUCCAGGAAUGGGUCAACCAGCACAAACUGGGAUUCAGUCGCUUGGUGUGAAUAAUAAUUCAGCAGCUAAUAUGCCAUUGUCACAGCAGACGGCAAGUGCUCUGCAAUCAGCGCAAUCCAAAUAUGUGAAAGUCUGGGAGGGAAAUUUGUCCGGGCAGCGUCAAGGACAACCCGUGUUUAUCACCAGAUUGGAAGGUUAUCGGAGUGGUUCAGCUUCUGAGACGCUUGCAGCAAACUGGCCAUCAACAAUGCAAAUAGUUCGGCUUAUAUCUCAGGACCACAUGAAUAACAAACAAUAUGUUGGGAAGGCUGAUUUUCUAGUAUUUCGAGCAAUGAAUCAGCAUGGUUUUCUUGGUCAAUUGCAAGAAAAGAAGCUUUGUGCAGUCAUCCAGUUGCCGUCACAGACAUUACUGCUUUCAGUUUCAGACAAAGCCUGCCGCUUAAUAGGGAUGCUUUUUCCCGGGGAUAUGGUCGUGUUUAAGCCACAAAUAUCCAGUCAGCAGCAACAGCAGCAACAAAUGCAGCAGCAGCAUCACCAGCAGUUGCAACAACAGCAGCAUCCACAGCUACAACAGCAACAACUCCCACAGCUGCAACAGCAGCAGCAGAUUCCUCAGCUGCAACAUCAGCAGCAGCAUGCCCAGUUGCAGCAGCAGCAGCAACUAUCACAACUUCAACAACAGCAACAGCUUCAACAGCAGCAGCAGCAACUGCCACAGAUGCAGCAGCAGCAGCAGCUUCCGCAGUUGCAGCAACAGCAGCAGCUUCCGCAAUUGCAGCAGCAACAGCUUCCACAGCAACAGCAAAUGGUUGGAGCAGGAAUGGGUCAAACAUAUGUUCAAGGUCCAGGGCGGUCACAGUUAGUUCCUCAGGGACAAGUUUCAUCACAAGGGCCGAGUAACAUGCCUGGAGGCGGAUUUAUGAGUUAAAUAAGAUCUUCAUUGCAAUGCAGGCGUGAAUAUGUCAAGUGUCACAGAAGAAAUAUAUUAGCAUCAGAGGAUGCAUUACCAUCUCUUGAAACAGAGCUCUGUUCGGCAAUGUGGAUAUUGAUAGCCCUAAGGGAUUAAGCUAGAUCCGACCCAAUUGCACAUCCUUUCGCUGGCUCCAAGUGGGUUGGAACACCGCACAUUCCCAACCAGGAAUCUUUAGAAAAAUGAAAGUUAACCCCAGUGGUCAUGAGAACUAGAUUUUAUUCCCUGAAGCAAUUAUUAUUAAUUGCAACUCUGUAAUAAAGACUAUUCCUUUCUACUACACUUGGUAAUUUUUCAGUUUUUCUUUA